CCUGGAUCAGCUGUUUGCUGUCUGUCGCCCCUCUUCAUUACAUCCACAGCCUACAUAAACAACAGAGACUAAGCACACACAGCCUCCUGGUCGGGUUGAAGUCAGGAGCUCCGCAGCUUCACGUCACUUUCAGGCAGCAUGAACUCUCUCCCAGGAAGAGCCGCACUGUCUCUGUGCAGGCGCACAGCAACAGCAGGCAGGAUGAGGGUCUUCACCGGUUCCCCUGGUCACCCUGCUGGGGGCCUCUCGGCAGACAGUGCCUUUCUACAGGCUGUGCGGGUCUGCCACUCUGGGACAAACCGCAAGGCCAGCAUCAGCACUAAGAAACGAGGCUACGACAUCACCAGAAACCCCCACCUCAAUAAGGGAAUGGCAUUCACUCUGGAGGAGCGCUUACAGCUUGGCAUCCACGGCCUGCUGCCCCCUUGCUUCCUCUCGCAGGAUGUUCAAGUGCUGCGUGUCACGAAGAGCUACGAAACACGCAGCAACCCUCUGGACAAGUACAUCCUGCUGAUGACGCUGCAGGACAGGAACGAGAAGCUGUUCUACCGUGUGCUGACCUCUGAUAUCGAGGAGUACAUGCCCAUCGUGUACACUCCCACUGUCGGCCUGGCCUGUCAGCAGUACGGCCUGGCCUUCAGGAGACCACGAGGUCUCUUCAUCACCAUUCACGACAGAGGCCACAUUGCCACCGUGCUCAACUCCUGGCCUGAAGAAGACAUAAAGGCCAUCGUGGUGACAGACGGCGAGCGUAUCCUUGGACUGGGUGACCUGGGCAGCUAUGGCAUGGGCAUCCCUGUUGGGAAGCUGGCACUCUACACAGCCUGCGGUGGUGUUCAGCCGCAGCAGUGUCUUCCUGUGUUGUUGGAUGUUGGCACGGACAACCAGGCGUUGCUCAAUGACCCUUUGUACAUCGGACUGAAGCACAAGAGAGUCAGAGGAAAGGAGUACGACGAGCUAAUCGAUGAGUUCAUGCAGGCGGUGACAGAAAAGUACGGGAUGAACUGUCUGAUUCAGUUUGAGGACUUCGCCAACAGCAACGCCUUCCGCAUGCUUAACAAAUACAGGAAUCGGUACUGCUACUUCAACGAUGACAUCCAAGGCACGGCCUCUGUAGCUGUUGCAGGCCUCUUAGCUGGUCUGAAGAUCACCAAGAACAAACUGUCAGACCACACCUUUGUUUUCCAGGGGGCAGGAGAGGCUGCUCUGGGUAUUGCUCACCUGCUCAUAAUGGCCAUGGCCAAGGAGGGCCUGAGUAGUGAAGAAGCUGCUAAAAGGAUCUGGAUGGUGGACUCAAAAGGUCUCAUUGUAAAGGGAAGAAGUCAUCUAAACCACGAGAAGGAGGAGUUUGCUCAUGAACACCCGCACCUGAAGACCCUGGAGGAGGCGGUGCACACUAUCAAACCCACCGCCAUCAUAGGAGUGGCUGCUAUUGGAGGAGCGUUCACUGAGAAGAUUAUCAAAGACAUGGCGUCCUUCAACGAGAGGCCCCUCAUCUUUGCACUGAGUAAUCCUACCAGCAAGGCGGAGUGCACGGCAGAGCAAUGCUACAAGCUCACAGAGGGCCGGGGUAUCUUUGCCAGCGGAAGUCCGUUCCAAAAGGUGACGCUGGCUGAUGGACGCACCUUCUACCCCGGGCAGGGAAACAACGCCUAUGUCUUCCCCGGGGUGGCUUUGGGUGUCAUCGCCUGUGGAGUGCGCCACAUAUCUGAUGACGUCUUCCUUACCACAGCAGAGGCGAUAGCUGACAUGGUAACAGAGGAGAACUUGGCUGAGGGAAGACUCUAUCCUCCUCUCAGCACCAUAAGAGAGGUGUCCUUCAAGAUUGCAGUGAAGCUCGUCAACUACGCUUACAAACACAACAUUGCUUCGGUGUACCCCGAGCCGAAGGACAAGGAAGCGUUUGUGCUGUCUCACAUCUACAGUCCUGAUUAUGACUCCUUCACUCUGGACACAUACAACUGGCCGCAGGAGGCCAUGAACGUCCAGGAUGUGUGAU